AUGGCGAUCAAUUUUCUUUUCGAGAAACAGCGCUAUGUGGAUGCGGAGGCUGUCUCUGAUCGUCUUGUCCAACGGGUCUUGGAUAUUGGACGUUCAAUGGAUAAAGACCCGCAAAGUUUCUAUGACUAUGUCAUGAGCCUCUUUUACCGUGGGAAAGCACGAGAAAUGGACGCCACCAACGCGAGAGCCUUAUAA